CGUACUCAUGGUGCACUUACCACCGAAUCAUUCGUAAUCAUACCCUCUAUCUAUAGAUGACUUGAUGGAUGACGUUAUGUCCGCGGAAAGCUCAAGUAGCGAGGAAGGUAGCGAUGCCGAGUGGAACACAUCUACCAAAAAGAAGAAGAAGACAAAGAGACGACAUCAUAAGAAAGCCAAAAGUGAAGAAGUGUCUACGCCGGUGGAAGCAAUCCGAUUUUCAACACGUCAAAAAACCGAAACGGUCUACAACGAGGAUGAAUAUGACAUUUAUGGUUUGGAGCCAGAGGACGAAGAAGCUGUUAAACCAGUUGACCAACCAUUGGUCGAAGAAGAUGAAGGCGAUGUUAUAGAGGCUGUUCUAGAUCACAGACGAUGUCACGGAGCAGAGACGGGCAUCACUGACAUUCCGGAGAAGAACCUUGAGUUUUUGGUAAAAUGGAAAGGAUAUGCUCACAUUCACAAUACGUGGAGUACCUUUGAAUACUUGAGGGAUUUCAAGGGUAUUAGGAGACUCGAAAACUAUAUCCGAAACAGCGUCCUCGAAGAUAGAGCGUUUCGGAGGAACCCACAAACUACCAUGGAGGACAUUGAGCUACGCGAUAUCAAUUUAGAGCGUCAUAGGCUAGAAAUUGCAGCUUGGAAACAGGUGGAUCGUAUCAUCGCCAUGAGAGGAACACCACCGGAAAGCGAGUACUUUUGUAAAUGGAAGGGUUUGCAUUAUGAUGAAUGCACUUGGGAGUCUUACGAGCUGGUAUCUUCUGACUUUCAGGCUGAAAUGGAUGCUUUCUUGGAUCGCGAACAAAGCCAACAGAUCCCAUCAAAAUCAGCAGCUUUUGUCAAAAAUAGACCUGCCUUUGCUGUCCUUCGUGACCAACCUGCAUUUGUAAAAGGAGGAGAACUUCGUGACUAUCAGCUCCAUGGUGUCAGUUGGCUCUAUUGGCUCUGGUGUACCAACAGCAAUGGAAUUAUUGCAGACGAGAUGGGCUUGGGUAAAACCAUCCAAACCAUUACCUUUCUCAACCUCUUGUAUCACAAGCAUAAUGUCUAUGGCCCGUUUUUGCUGGUUGUGCCUCUAUCAACCACCGACAAUUGGAUGAAUGAGCUUGCGCAAUGGUCUCCAGAACUCAAUGCUAUAUGCUACCUUGGUAAUCAAAAAGCUCGUCAGACUAUUCGCGACCACGAAUGGUUUCAACCAAACUCCAGAAAGCUUAAAAUCAAUGUUGUGGUCACGACGUAUGAGAUCGCUCUUAAAGAUCGUAACGAACUUGGCCAGGUUCGUUGGCAAUACUUGGCUGUCGACGAAGCCCAUCGAUUGAAGAAUGCAGACUCUCAACUUUACGAAGCUCUACUGGAGUUCAAUACGACAAAUCGACUCCUCAUCACGGGUACACCCUUGCAAAACAGUGUGAAGGAACUUUUGGCCCUGGUGCGAUUCUUGAACCCAGCGAUGAUAGCUUCCGAGCUGGAAAUUGACCUGAGCAAACCUGACGAAGAUCAAGAAGCUAAGAUCAAGAUGCUUCAUGAAAAGCUGAACAAGAUUAUGCUUCGAAGACUGAAAAAGGAUGUAGAAAGGUCGUUGCCGAACAAGACCGAGCGUAUUUUGCGAGUGGAGAUGAGCCCAAUGCAGACUCACUACUACAAGAACAUCUUGACCAAAAAUUACGCUGCUCUUUCGGGGUCUGGUGAAAAGAAACAAUGGCUCAAUAUUGCCAUGGAACUUCGAAAGGCUAGCAAUCACCCUUACUUGUUCCCAGAGGCAGAACGCAGAACAGAUGAUAGAGAGGAACAGUUAAGAGGUAUCAUUGGCAACAGUGGUAAAAUGGUAUUACUGGAUAAGCUUUUGGCAAAGCUGAAGCAAGACGGUCAUCGCGUGCUCAUUUUUUCACAGCUGGUGAUGAUCCUUGAUAUUCUAUCCGAUUAUAUGGCAAUGCGUAGUCACCCACAUCAAAGAUUGGAUGGAAGCAUGAACCAAACCGACCGAAACAAGGCCAUUGAGCAUUUCAACGCUCCGGAUAGCCCUGAUUUUGCGUUCUUAUUGUCGACGCGCGCUGGUGGUAUGGGUAUCAACCUGACUUCGGCUGAUACUGUCAUCAUCUUUGACUCAGACUGGAACCCACAAAAUGAUCUACAAGCUAUGUCGCGAGCUCAUCGCAUUGGACAAACAAAAUCUGUCAAUGUGUAUCGAUUCAUUUCCAAGGGAACGAUGGAGGAAGAUCUUAUUGAGAGGGCCAAACGUAAAAUGGUUCUAGAGUAUUGCAUUAUCAAACAGAUGGAUACAUCGGGCAUGUCUCAGCUUGAUGCCAACAAUUUGCUAAAUACUCCUGCCGGCAAAAGCCGAGAAGUACCAUUUGACAAGUCUGAACUGUCUGCUAUCCUCAAGUUUGGUGCACAGAAUAUGUUCCAAGCUUCUGACAAGCCACCACCAAAGUUGGACGACAUGGACUUGGACGACAUCCUUGCUAGAGCCGAGCAUACUGAGACUUUGGAAAGUGGAGGUGGACAAACACUUGGUGACCAAGAAUUCCUUGCCCAGUUCCAAGUAUCUGAUUUUGGAAGCACGGAAGAACAGUUGAGUUGGGACGAUAUUAUUCCAGAAGCUGAACGGAAGGCGGCACAAGAAGAAGAGCGCAUCAAGGCGGAAAUGGCCCUGUUUGAUAGAGCAGCGAGAAAGCGAAUGCGACGCUAUGCUGAGCACGAUGAUGUUGAGGGUGAUAAGAAGAAGGCCGCGCCAGCAACACAACGCAAGCGCCGCAAAGCUACACAGGACCCAACUGGUCUCAGCAGGAAACAUCUAUCGGCUAUUGUGAAUGCUGUCAAGCGGUUUGGCGACAUCUCGGAUAAGCUUGAGCGGAUCAUGGAAGAAUGUGACCUUGAUGCCAUCGAUCCAAAGUUGGUACUUGAAAUGUCUCAGGAUCUCAUCUCCAGUUGCAGUGCCAUACCACCUUCUAAAGGCACAACCGGUUCAGCUUCGCAGGGCCUAAUCGAUUGGAGAGAUAUCAAACAGAUCAAUGCUUCUACUAUCAAUGAACGUGUCGAGCAAUUUGAACUGUUGGAUAGACGUCUGGGUCAGCUCCCCAAACCAGAAAAGUUCCGUUUCUCGGCUGCAGUCAAGGCUGUUCGAGGAUGGGGUUGUGUUUGGGGGCAAAAGGAUGAUGCCAUGCUUUUGGUCGGCAUUUAUUUGCAUGGAUUUGGCAAUUGGAAUGCCAUCUCUCAAGACACAACGCUAGGUCUCGCAAAAAAGUUUGCCUUAGGACAGCAGAACGACGAUGACGCCUUCACAGAUACCAAAAAGAAAGGAAAAACAGCUGCAGACUCCAACCCCAAACCGGCGCAGCUUGUUCGAAGAGUAGAUUAUCUGCUCAAAGUCUUGGCCGAAGAAGACGCAAGUACUAAGAAGCGCUCUGGACGAAAAGCAGCAGCAUCCCCUGCCAAAACCAGUAAAAAGGCUACCAAGGCCAAACCCACCCGCCCCAAACGUCAACUAGCCACAAGUACCGAAGUUUCUGAGGAUGAUGCGUAUGAAGAGGAGUCGGAUCAGAGCUCAGGAGAUGGCGGUUAUGAUGAAGAUGCAUGCAUACGAGCACUAGAAGCAGUUGAGAAGCAACUUAUCAGCCUUCGAGACGACGGAGGCGCUGCUCAUGGUCGCAAAAAGGCUGCUGUGAUAAGGGAUCGCGUCUCUUUAAUCGGUGCUCACAUUGACGAAGUAGUGGACACAAAGCCGAGACGGGCUCGAGAAGGAUGGCGACAACAGUUAUGGACUCAUGUUAAAAAAUUCUGGCCCUCUCGCAGAGUGUCACAUCGUGAUAUAAUGGAAGUCUAUGAACGUGUAAAGGCAGAAGGAAGCCGAUUAUCGGAUGAUGAUUACAAGGAAGAAAAGACUAAAAAACGUGCGCCUGGCGGCGGCCCAGGAAGCCGAGCCGCACCAGGCAAGAAGAAGGUUGCUAGAACUCGUAAAUAACAUGUAUCAAUAUGCAAACAAUUCUAUAAACUGGGUUCAAUAUUUGCUUUCGCCUUCUUCUUUUUCUUGUUCUUCUUUUUAGACUUUUUGCUGCUAGGUGCCUCUGCUGCAUCACCUUCUAUUUUUCGCUUCUGUUCAUUG